GUGGAAAUGCACAACAACAACAACAGGUUUCAGGGCCAUUUUAUGCUUAGAAUACAGUCUCAAAUUUGUUUAUAUGAUGUCCUAGUCAAGUAAGGUGUUCCUUCAAUGGAGUUUUGGCAAUGUACAACAACAACAACAGGUUUCAGGGCCAUUUUAUGCUUAGAAUACAGUCUCAAAUUUGUCUAUAUGAUGUCCUAGUCAAGUAAGGUGU